GUUGCAACAGUGAUAGGUGGAAAUACUGGUAUAGGAAUCAUAUUAGCAAGUGAAUUAGCCAGUAAAAAUGCUUAUGUAUUCAUUGCAAGUCGUAGUAAAGAUAGAGGCGAAUCAUCUUCCUAUGAG